GGGCGGGGGCGGGGCGGGCGCAGGGGCGGCGGGCGCGGGAUGGCGGCCCCGGGGCUGGAGCGGCACCGGCUGGCGCUGCUGGCGGCCAAGGAGGACGUGGGCAACCCCCGGGCCGGGACCAACUGGGCCGUCUUUGCCUACGAGAAGCACCAUGACCUCAAGCUCCUGGACUCCGGAGCCGGGGGUCCGGAUGAGCUGGCCGAAAAAUUCUCCGUCACCAGCAUCAUGUACGGGCUGUGCCGCAUCCAAGACCCCAGCACCGGCGCUCACCGCAUCGUCCUCAUCAAUUGGGUCGGGGAGAAGGCACCGGAGUCCCAACGAAAGGCGUGUGCCGGGCAUCUGCCCGCCAUCAGAGCUUUCUUUAGGGAGGCCAGCGUGGUGCUGAGUGCCCGCCGCACCGAGGAGGUGACGCAGGAGGGGCUGAGCCGAGCGCUGGCACAUAUGGCCCCUGCCGCCGCCCCCGCCAGGAGGGUGCCCCCCCCAGAUGCCCAGGAGCUGGUGGGCACCAACUACCGCAAGACCAACCCGGCGCUGGAGAUCCACCGGACCAAGCGGGACUCCUUCUGGGCCCAGGCUGAGCGCGAGGAAGAGCAGCGCAAGGAGGAGGAGCGGCGGCGGGCACUGGAGGAGCGCAAGCGCUGGGAGCGGGAGCGGAUGGAAGAGGAGAGGCGGGAGGCGGCCGAGCGCGAGCUCCGCUUCAGGGAGAAGGAGCGGAUGAUCGAGGAGCAGCGGAAGGAGCAGGCACGGCUGGAGGCGGAGGAGCGGAGGAAGGAGAAGGCACGAUGGGAGCAGCAGCAGCGGGAGCACGAGGAGGCCAUGCGGGACCGCGGCCGGCGCAGCGAGUCCAUCGAGAAGGCGGCCGAGGCGGCCGUCCUGGUCUCCCAGCGCUCGCAGAAUCCCCGGGAUUUCUUCCGGCAACGGGAACGCUCGGGGUCCACCUCUGGCACCCCGCUGCCAGCAUCCCCCGUUGGCACCAGGCCCGGUGCCCGUCGGCCAUUCCUGCGGUACCAGCGCAGCCUGACGGAGUCAGCCUUCAUCUUCCGCCGGCCGGACCCCCCACCCUCACCCGGACCCCUCCACCCUGGGGCAUUCAGGGCUGCACCCCCCCCCAGCCCCCACCGGCCCCAGCCUCCCCUCCCCACCAGCCCCAUAGGGAGGGGGACCCCUCCUUGUGCGACCCCGAGGAGCCCCCUCAGCCCCAUGGGGACAGGGACGCCCCAGUGUGCCACCACUGGGACCCCUGCCAGCCCCAUAGGGAGGGGGACCCCUCCUUGUGCCACCCUGGGGAGCCCCCCCAGCCCCAUGGGGACAGGGACGCCUCAGUGUGCCACCACUGGGACCCCCACCAGCCCCAUAGGGAGGGGGACCCCUCCCUGUGCCCCCACUGGGACCCCCGCCAGCCCCGUGGGGACAGGGACCCCUCCUUGUGCGACCCCGGGGAGCCCCCCCAGCCCCAUGGGGACAGGGAUGCCUCAAUGUGCCACCACUGGGACCCCCACCAGCCCCACAGCGAGGGGGACCCCUCCCUGUGCCCUCACUGGGAGCCCCACAAGCCCUGUGGGGAGGGGGACCCCUCCCUGUGCCACCCUGGGGAGCCCCCCCAGCCCAGCCAGGGCAGGGCCCCCCCAUGCUACCAGCCCCACAGGGACAAAGCUCCCUCCCUGUGCCACCAUGGGGACCCCCCCCAGCCCUGUGGGGACAGGACCCCCCCCUCUGGCCAGCCCCAUAGGGACAGCCCCCCCCGCUCUCUGUGCCACCUGGGGGGCCCCCAGCCCAGCAGGGGCAGGGUCCCCCCCUGAUGUGCCUGGGCCAGGGUCCCUGCUCCCCACCGGUCCCCCCAGGAUGGGGUGCCCCCCCGGCCCUCUUGGGCCAGGGUCCCCUGACAGCACUUGUGAGGCAGAGCCACUGCCCCCCCACAGCACUCCCGGGCUGGGGCCCCCCGGCAGCCCCCCCUGGCAGCCCCCUCUGGGCAUCAAGGAGGCUGUGACUCUGCCUCCCCUCAGCCCCCCCGGCACCUCCCAGGAUGAGGAUGGACCCCCCCUGGACACCUACGCCCUCCCCAGCCCCCCCGCAUGGGUAUCUCUGGGGUUGCUGGCGGGGCCAGGCGAGGGGGUCCCGAGCCCCCGGGGGGGGUCCCCCUUACCCGGGCUGACACCUGCCCCGAUGCCCCACCCGGGACCCCCGCUGCGCAGCCCCAGCCCCCCCAGCCUGCCGCAGGAUCCAGCCCUUCCCUGCCUGGCACCCCAGGAACCGCAGCCAGGGCCUGUGGGGCAGCAGGGGCAGGAGCCGGCCUGGGGUGACUCAGGGCACAACGGCAUCGGGGGCCAAGAGCAGGGGGGCUGGCCGGCCCCCUGGGAGCAGGACCCCCCCCCGAGGCAGGGAGACGAGGACAGCGACAGCAUCCUCCUGCCGCAGCCCCUGCAUAAAGCCAAGCCAGGCUUCGCCCUGCUGCUGGCCCGAGACACCCCCCACCCGCAGCUGCCCGGGGGCACAAGCCCCCCCGCCGAGGACGAGGACCUCUCCCCCCACACCGUGUAGUGGGGGGGGGGGGGCCGGCAGCCACUCGGGGGAAUCAUCUGUAUGGCACCACGGCCACCAGUCCUGUGCCCCCCUGGAGCCCCCUCCCCACACAUCACAGCCCCUUCCCAUACCCCCCCCCAACACAGUCACCCCUGCUCACCCCCAGCACUGGGGCUGCAGCUGCAGCCCCCCCCCACACCCCCUGGUUUGCACCCCAGUAAGCAGCUUUGGGGGGGGAGCUGGUGCCCCCACCCCCCACCUCACUGGUGGCAGCACAGGGUGGGGGG